AGCCCAACUCCGUCACGUUCGGUAGUGCUUUAUCGCCAUCUGUAUAUAAACAGACAGUCCGAGCGAUUCUUUCACUGAUAUCACUCUUUCCUACGUUUCAUCCUUCUCUGUCUACAGUUAUCCUUCAAAAUGUCAGGCCGAGGACAUAGCGGAGGCGGCGCUGGGGGCCGAGGGGGCGGCAGAGGCCGAGGCCGAGGCCAAGGACAAGGCCAGCAUCGCGGUGGAGGAAGAAGUGCCGGUGGCAGGGGCGGAUCGGCGCCGUACCAGCCCGGGCCUCCGCCGACGAGGCAGCCUCCUUCGAAUGUGGCUCCCCAUCCUGGAUUUCCAUCGUCGUCAUCGAUAGCUGGCCCUUCCACCGGUCCUACUGCCGCGUCCCUCGCUGGGGAGAUGGAGCGAAAGAUGACGAUUCAAACUGGGCCCUCCCAGCCGCCGGCUUCUCAGCCGGGGACACCUGCUCAACAACCGGCUCCACCGUCACAAGAGAUUCAAGCACCGUCUCAGCUGCCUCCGUCGUCUUCCAAAUCUGUUCGCCCACCGGCUAGGCCUGGUUUCGGUACCGUGGGCACCAAAUGUGUUGUCCGCGCCAAUCACUUUCUGGUUAAUGUCGUCGACAAGGAUCUACAUCAUUACGAUGUAACAAUCAGUCCAGAAGUGAUAUCGAAGAAAGUUUGCAGGGAUAUUGUCAAUCAGCUGGUUACAAUGUACCGUGCAUCACACUUGGGCAACAGGCAAAUAGCCUAUGAUGGGAGUAAGAGCUUGUAUACUCCAGGUGCUUUGCCUUUCUCCUCAAAAGAAUUUGUUGUGAAGCUAGUUGACAAUGACGUGCCCUCUAGGAGGGAACGUGAGUUCAAGGUGGCAAUAAAAUUUGCUGCAAAAGCUGAAAUUUAUCAAUUACAAGAGUUCAUACGUGGUCGAUGUCUGGAUUCUCCCCAGGACACCAUACAGGUUCUUGAUGUGGCUCUGAGAUCACGGCCUUCCAACAAGUAUUCGGUUGUGGGACGAUCUUUCUUUCACCCCAGUCUAGGUGAGGGUGGCAGUCUUGGUGAUGGCUUAGAGUAUUGGAAAGGUUUCUAUCAAAGCCUUCGACCUACCCAGAUGGGUCUUUCUCUUAAUAUUGAUGUAUCUGCCAGAGCGUUCUAUGAACCAAUUCUGGUUACUGAUUUUGUUGGAAAAUAUUUUAAUAUUAGAGAUAUUACUAGGCCACUGUCCGAUCAAGAUCGUGUUAAGGUCAAGAAAGCAAUGAAAGGUGUUAAGGUAGUAGUUACACACAGACAGGAUGUAAGGAAGUACAAAAUAUCUGGUGUGUCGGGUAUACCAACUAGUCAAUUAACGUUUACCGAUGACACUGGCAAAAAAGUAUCUGUUGUUCAAUACUUCAAAGAAAGAUAUAACACCAACAUUAGGUUUGGGUCUUUGCCUGCUCUUCAAGCUGGAAGUGACUCAAAGCCUGUGUACCUACCCAUGGAGCUAUGUAGAAUUGUUGAUGGCCAGAGAUACUCCAAAAAGUUGAAAGAGAAGCAGGUCACUGCUCUGUUACGGGCAACAUGCCAGCGUCCUCAUGAUAGGGAAGCAAGUAUUUGCAAGAUGGUUAGGCAGAAUGAUUACAAUUCUGAUGAGGUAGCUAGAGGAUUUGGGGUUAAUGUAGGCACUGAACUUACAUCAAUUCAAGCUCGAGUUCUUCCCGCUCCCAUGAUCCAGUAUGAGGGAUCCCAAGAAGCUCCACGGGUUGGCGCUUGGAACAUGAUUGACAAGAGAAUGUUUAAUGGGGCUAGGGUUGAAUUUUGGACGUGUGUGAACUUCUCAAGACUAAGAAAUAACGAGGCUUCUAAUUUCUGUGACCGUUUGCUUGACAUGUGUGUUAGGAAAGGGAUGGAUUUUUCCUCGACGCCAUUAUUACCCUUCUCUUCAGCACAUCCUGGCCAAAUUGAAAAGACUCUUUCGGAUAUUCAUUCCCAGUCUGUUGAACGUCUUAGGAGCCUAGGACAUACUGGGAAACAUCUUCAGUUGUUAAUUAUUAUUUUGCCUGAUGUCACUGGGAAUUAUGGAAAGAUAAAGCGUGUGUGUGAAACUGAGCUGGGAAUUGUCUCCCAGUGUUGUCAGCCCAUGCAAGCUGUGAAAUGCAAAGAACAGUAUCUUGAAAAUGUUGCAUUGAAGAUCAAUGUUAAGGUUGGUGGAAGAAACAGUGUGUUGUUGAAUACCGCAGCUAACUUACCCUUCGUAACUGAUACACCCACCAUAAUAUUUGGUGCUGAUGUGACUCAUCCUCAACCUGGAGAGGAUUCUAGUCCUUCCAUUGCUGCAGUGGUGGCAUCGAUGGACUGGCCACAAGUUACGAAGUACCGAGGAUUGGUUUCUGCACAACCACAUAGGGAAGAAAUUAUUCAGGACCUUUAUAAGACCCAUGAGGAUCCUCGCAGAGGAAAGAUUCACAGUGGCAUGAUUAGGGAACUAUUAAUUGCGCAUUUCCGAUCAACUAAUCGGAAACCUGCGAGAAUCAUAUUCUACAGAGAUGGUGUUAGUGAAGGACAAUUCAACCAAGUUCUGUUACAUGAGAUGGAUGCCAUUAGACAGGCUUGCGUGUCUUUAGAAGAACGAUAUCUGCCACGAGUUACUUUUGUGGUGGUACAAAAGAGACAUCAUACCCGUCUCUUUCCUGCUCAACAUGGGGAUCGCAGAUCCACCGACAGGAGUGGCAAUAUUUUACCAGGAACGGUUGUGGACCGACAAAUUUGUCACCCCAGUCAGUUUGAUUUCUUCUUAUGCAGUCAUGCUGGUAUUAUGGGAACAAGCCGACCUACGCACUACCAUGUGCUUUAUGAUGAGAAUGGAUUCAAUGCUGAUGCUUUACAAAUUCUGACGAACAACUUGUGUUACACGUAUGCAAGGUGCACCCGAUCAGUUUCUAUUGUUCCUCCGGCAUAUUAUGCCCAUCUGGCAGCUUUUCGUGCACGCUACUAUAUUGAAGGUGAUGCAUCUGAUAGUGGAUCAACUGGUGGAGAGACCAGCAGCAGGGAUCGGAACGUGGCGGUACGACAACUUCCUUCAAUCAAGGAAAAUGUGAAAGACGUGAUGUUUUACUGUUGAGUUGGGAUAUAUAUAUAUAUAUAUAUGCUAUGUUGCAUGUUUUGUGGGUUUUAAUUCGGACACAGGCAGCCAGGCCAGGCGGGUUCUUUUGGCUUUUGACAUUGACAUUGGGUUGGAAGUGUCUUGUUUUAGGCGAAUUCUUCCCUGAUGGAGGGAGGGUAUUUUAUAUCUAAGUUCUGAUGGUUUAUAAAUUUCUUCAAUCCAAGGUCCCCUGUCUCCCUUCCAGGGACUCCAAGUCAGUUUUGCUUGGUUGAGCCAUUUGUUAGCAUCCCAAGAAACACUAAAGUUAAUAUACGGCACAUGCUUGUUUGA